AUCGUGGUUACAUGAGUGAAAACGCUCAAGCAAACAGAUGCCACUCAAACACCAUGUUUGAUGUUUCUGCACUGAUGAGCCUACCUUAUCCAUCGUUUCACUAAAUUACAUCAAACAGGCUACUAACACAACUUCAACACAAACUCUGGUUCCCUCUUUCCCUGUAUAUAUUUUGUUAAGAUGCCAUAUUGUUUUUGUUCUUCAUUCACUCCAGUACCAUCAUCUUCCAAUAUAUCCAAGUUCAUUUCAGACAAUCCUUAUCUCACAUUAUUAGAAACAAAAUGCAACUCAAUGAAAGACCUUCGAAAGAUUCAUGCCCAACUCAUUAAAACUGGGCUUGUUAAGGACACCAUUGCCGCCAGCCGUGUCCUGUCCUUCUGUGCCACUUCUCCUGCUGGUGACCUCAAUUAUGCACACCUGGUGUUUGAUUUUAUGCCACGGCCCAAUAUCUUUUCAUGGAAUACUAUCAUUAGAGCUUUUUCUCAAGCCUCAACCCCACGAACUGCAAUUUCUUUGUUUCUCGAUAUGUUGCUCACUUCGUCUAUCGAGCCUGAUAGACUUACUUAUCCCUCUUUGUUUAAGGCUUAUGCUCAGCUUGGCUUAGCUCAUGAUGGUGCUCAACUCCAUGCAAGAAUUUUAAAGUUGGGGUUGGAAUGGGAUGCAUUUAUAAGAAAUAGUUUGUUGUAUAUGUAUGUAAAUUGUGGUUUUUUGGGGCAAGCUUGGAGAUUGUUUGGAGAAGAUGGGAAUUCGGAGGUAGUUGCUUGGAAUUCAAUGAUUACGGGUCUUGCAAAAUGUGGGGAGAUUUAUGACUCGAGGCGGUUGUUCGAUAGAAUGCCUGUUAGAAAUACAGUGUCAUGGAAUAGUAUGAUUAGUGGGUAUGUCCGGAAUGGGAUGUGGAGUGAAGCAUUGGAUUUGCUUAGCAAAAUGCAGGAGGAGAAGAUCAGGCCUACUGAAUUUACAUUAGUGAGCUUAUUAAAUGCUUGUUCUAGUUUAGGAUCUCUUAGACAAGGUGAGUGGAUUCAUGAUUACAUUAAGAAGAAUAAUAUUGAAAUGAACGUGAUUGUUGUUACAGCAAUAAUAGAUAUGUAUUGCAAGUGUGGAAGCAUUGUUAUGGCAUUAGAAGUUUUUCAUACCAGCCCUGUUAAAGGCUUAUCAAGUUGGAACUCCAUAAUUUUUGGCUUGGCCAUCAAUGGACAUGAGGAGGAAGCUAUUGAGUUUUUCUCUAGGCUUGAGUCUUCCAAAUUUAUGCCGGACGAUGUUAGUUUUAUUGGUGUUCUUACAGCCUGCAAUCAUUCGGGCAUGAUUAAUAAAGCCAGGUAUUAUUUCUCAUUAAUGACAGAGUAUUAUGCGAUUGAGCCAUCAAUUAAACACUAUGGUUGCAUGGUUGAUCUACUAGCUCGAGCGGAAUAUAUUGAAGAAGCUGGAGAGCUAAUUGAAAGUAUGCCUAUGAGCCCAGAUUCUAUUAUAUGGGGCUCAUUUCUUUCUUCGUGCAGAAGGUGUGGGAACAUCAAAAUGGCACAAUGGGCAGCAAACAAUCUCAAAAAAAUUGAUUUGGAUGAGGCCAGUGGUUAUAUACUUAUGUCUAAUGUGUAUGCAGCUGCAGGUCACUUUCGAAAAGCAAUGUCAGAAAGGGUUACCAUGAAAACUAAGAAUAUAGAAAAGCAACCAGGAUGUAGUUUGAUUGAAGUGAAUGGGGAAGUUCACGAGUUUGUAGCUGGUGGAAGACUGCAUCCUCAAGUGACAGAGAUAUAUGCUUCGUUAAAUAAUCUGAGGUUAACAUUACAAGAAACUGAAUAUUGCAAUUCGUAAUAUCUGGCAGUCUGCAGAAGAGAUUCAUGAAAUUCUUGCUACUAUGCUUCCUCUUUUAGACAUCCUCCGGUCAGGAAUUAUAUCGGAGGUUAGAAAAUAUAAAACAACUUUUAAUCAGUAAAAAGAUAAAUUUGAUAUAGUGGCACUAAUCCAACCUCCCCCCGGCCAGGUCCAAAAAUAAGCAUGUAUUGGAGCUACCUUUUGCAACUGAGGUUCCCUACAUAAGCAGAGUUUACAAAGUAGAGCCUUGCUGAAAAUUCGGGUCGCUGCACAUAGAUGGCUGGUAGUGCCGAUCUUACCAUAGUGUGCAAAGGUGCUAUGAACCACAAUAACCCAGAGCCUGACAAGGGCACAGACCACAAGCCUGGAAGUGAAGGCGAUUCCAUGAGAAGGCCCCGUGGCAGGCCCACAGGCUCAAAAAAUAAGCCAAAGCCACCCAUAAUCCUCACCAGAGACAGUGCAAAUGCGCUUCGAGCACAUGCCAUGGAGGUGAGUCCUGGAUGCGAUGUGACUGAAAGCCUAACGACCUUCGCGAGGAGGAAACAACGUGGCAUUUCCGUGCUCAGUGCUACAGGCUAUGUAACUGAUGUUUCACUGCGCCAACCGGGCUCAACUGGUGCCAUUCUGACCCUCCACGGGCGGUUUGAAAUUCUGUCACUCCAAGGGUCAAUCUUACCACCACCUGCCCCACCAGGGCUGACUAUAUACUUGGCUGGUGCUCAGGGGCAGGUGGUAGGUGGUGGCGUAGUCGGUGCACUUAUUGCAUCUGGUCCAGUCGUAAUUAUGGCUGCUACUUUCAUGAAUGCCACUUAUGAAAGGUUGCCCCUGGAAGAGCAUGAAGCAGCAGAAAAUCAUCACCAGCAUUUCCAGAAUGUCCGCCAGGCGCAGCAGCAGCAUCACCACUUUGAUAUUUCUGAAAUAUAUGGGAAGCCACUGAAUUUGCCUAGUAAUGGUACUUCAGUGCCUUCAGAGAUAUAUACAUGGACAUCAGGCCGUCAAACACUUUCCAAGACUUGAAGAUUGUUGAUUGGUACUGAAGAUUAAUUUUAUUUAUAUUUGUUUAGUCGAAAUGAAAGAUUCAAAAUACCAUGUUAACUUUUAUUUAUAUUUAGGUUAAUCGAAAUGCAAAAAAAAAAAAAGUUUAUUUAAUUUGUAAAACUUCAUGUUUUUAUAAAAGUUAGUUUCUUCA